CUUUCUGCUGAACCAGAGAAACCAACCGCUCGUCCUCAUUGGACGAUGGAAAUGUCAAUCACAUCUCCGGCUCCUUGAUCUGGAGUGGCACCCGCAGAGAAAUCAGAUUUGCAUGAAAAGAAAGCUUCGUCUGAGCACCACAUGCCUCGAGCUCUACACAGCAGCUUGGGCAUUCGGUCAGCUACAUCUGGAUAACUUUUUCCUCGUAUCUGUUUACGUGACAUUGAUGUUACUUUCAAAUCUUCUGCUCUGAACUCUGAUUGAUGAAAUGAAUGAAUGGCACCUCAUAGUAUAAGAACCAGCCAAUCACUGUGAACUUCCUUGUAGUAUGAACUGGAAAUUGCCUCCAUUUCGUCUCUGUUAUUGCCACAGAUGCCAACUGAGCUGCUAUAUCAUAUUUUAUUUUUCAGAUGGGUUUAAAAAGUCAUUAUACAACACAGAUUGAGACUUGAUGGGCAGACUGGUGUUGCUGGACUACAUUCUCCAAUGAAAAAUAUGCAGCGUGUGGUGUAAAUGUCCGUGAUGGAGGGAAGAGAGACCCUGAUGAUCUUUUCAGCUGUCCUCACUAUUCGCUGGAGGGUCUUGCGGUUGGAGGUGGUGCAAUUCCCAAACCAGAUGCAUUCCUCACAUCUGUUUUGAUGUAACAUCACUUGAGCAGUCAACAUCCAUUGUGAUACAUCUGUCUAGGAAUGGAGGACAUCAUAUCGUCUUCAGCUGGGUUAGCUGGGAGCCAAGUACAUGGCGAUCCUAAUACUCCUCUGGCACUGUUGGAUGAUUUUCUGGACAAACUUUACAGAAAUCUAACAGAACUAGAACACCAACAGACUUUGUCAGAUUUCUUCAAAGGAUCUCCACCCAAAUGGAUUAGCUAUUAUAUUGCAGAGGAGCAAAACACACCCUUAGUGAGGAGGAAUGGCUACAAUGAUGUUAUAAAACAGAUUAUGAAAUGCCAAGAAAGGAGACGUACAGUCUCCGGUAUUAAACUUCAUCACCAUCCAGGAAGUGGAGGUUCUACGCUGGCCAUGCAGGUUCUUUGGGAUUUGAGGAAGGACUUCAAAUGUGCCACCAUAAAGCCAGUCAGUACUGAAACAGCAGUCAUUGCAGACCACAUCAUCAAACUCUUUGAAGAAGGGGGUCCAAAUGACCAAAGAACACUACUGUUGCUAGAUGACAAUUCCAGCGAAGGAAAUUUAAUGGAAAAUUUAAACAUGGAAAUUGUUAAGAGAGGAAUAAGUGCAGAUGUCCCAGUGGCCAUCCUGUUAAAUGCAAAGAGAAAGCUCACCAACAUGGCUGACGGCCCCCUAAACCUGAAAAACAAACUCUCUCGUGAAGAGCUGCGCAACUUUGCACUAAAGGAAGCAGAGAUGAAACUGAGUCACAGUGAUGAAGAACUGAAGCUGUUUCAUGGAUUUAAUCUCAUGAGGAACAAUUUCAGCAAGAAGUACGUGGCGAAUCUCAGCUCAAUCAAAGAAAUCAAGGACUAUGUGAAGAGGAAUAAAACAGCUUGCAACACUGAACUUUUCUCAGUUUUGGCACUGUUAAAUUCAUAUGUUCCUGGGUCCUUUCUGCCGCUGUCUCGAUGUCAGGAUUUCCUAAACCCUCAACGUACAAUCUCUGAACAAACGACAGGCGAAAUGACAACAUUGCAGGAUCCCCCACAUAUGAUUCCUGGAACAAACAUGGCACUACAGAUACCCCCUGAUACCAACACUGUGCAUUUUAAGAAAGACAUGGAGCCUUUUAUGAAUCUCAUGGUUAUGUUUUCAAGAGAUGAGACAAAGAGUGAGUGUGUUCGAUUAGCUCAUCCAAUGAUUGCCAAUGAAUGCCUGAAGAUACUGGCUGAAGCUGGCAUAACCAAAGGAGAAAUAGCUAAAAGUUUUCUUGAGUCCUGCAAACCAAAUGAGCCUCCAUAUAUGGUGAAAAUGAUCAAAAGUUUGCUAAUUAAGAGAGAAACCAUGGAGGAUCACCAAGAGAUGUUCUCCAGACUCAUUUUAGAUAUAAAAGAUGAUAGUGAUUUAAAGAUGUGUGAGGAAUUGUUUGAAAUUGCCACAACUACAUUUGAAAAGGAUGCCUUUUUCCCACAAGCUUUUGCUCGUUUCCUCUACAUCGUGCUCCAUGAAUUUGAUGAGGCUGAGCAUCAGGCAUGUAAAGCCAUUGCCCGUGAUCCCCAAAACUCUUUCCUCAGGGACACACUUGGACAAAUUCACAAAAAACACUUGAGGAUGUGCAUAUACAGUGGAUCACCUGCUCCAAAAAUUUUAAAAGUAGCAGAGUUAGCCAUAAAAGCAUUCAGAGAAGAAGAAGAGGCAGCUGAAAAUGAGCAAGAUCCGAACACCUCAAAUGCUCAGUCAAAGAAAGUAUCACAUACUUUCAACUGCAGUGGACUUUUUGGUUAUAUUCAAGUAGCCAAAUAUAUUUUUGACUCGCUGACCAAAAUCGAUCAAAGGUGGUAUGAUGUUCUCGCAGGAAAAGAAUCCAUUUGUGUCCUGCCAGAAGCAGAAAAGAUCUUAGCCUAUGAAGACCUCAUUGAAAACCUACAGCAUAACGUAGAAAGGAAACAUGCGUUCUUUGAGAGCUACCUGAUCUACUCCAAACCCAGCAGAUACAAAUCUGAACUAUCACACUUGCAAGACGAUGUUGAUAUUUGUUACAGCAGGUAUCUGCUUCGGCACUCAAAGCCUGCCCGUUCCUGUCAUUCCAUAAUGGACAGAAGCUUUCCUGGCCUAUUCUCUUGUCUCAAUCGAGGCUUUUCUAGCAGCUUUCUGGAGCGCCUCACAGAGUACGCUAGAAAAAAGCAUGAAGAGCGAAUGUCUGAUGUGAAUGCUGCCAUGAACUACAUUCUCUCAAACAUCGUGCUCAGCAACAAAGACGAGACAUCUCAAGUACUGCGGACACUGACAGCUCUCAGAGGCAUUCUGUGGAGAUUUGUAGAGAAGCAGAAUCUCUACCAAAGUCCAGAAUUCUUCCUCCUUGUUCUGCUCCUGUUUUGGCCAGAUGUGAAACAUCAUCAGAACUUACACUACAGCAUAGACUUGGGUAGUACUGUUGAGAAUAUGAAGACAGCUUUUGAUCAAAAGUAUGAAAAGCACCUUCGGUCCAGGUACCUGAGGCCUCUUUUUUUCCUGGGACAGGAGACAGGCUUGAAGAGGCUGGUCCACAGCUGGAAAGUUCACAAUGUCCAUACAAAGCACAGAAAAAAUCCUAAGCAGAGAAGACAAACAUGGGCCAGACUGGACUGGGGAAAUGGACAGCUAUGGAGGGACAGUGGCAUCCAGAAACUUCUACUCCGCGUCCGUGGAGUUUUCAGAAAACAGCAGCUGUUUGCUUAUGUUGAAGACAAAGAGAUCGCCAUCUAUUCAGACCAGGCUUUUGUGUUGUAUCAAGGUCCUGCUUCCUUCUUCCUUGGCUUUACCAUCAAAGGACCUGUGGCUUAUGAUCUCAGAUUUGAGCAUGACAGUGAAGGAACACAAGAGGACAAAUUCAUGGAAUCCCAAACACACUUAAAUCAUUGCAGGCCACUUCCCACUUGCUACACUUGUGCUGAGUUACAGGAUCCUGUGCAUUGGGAGCAGCUUCAUCCUGAGGUCUGGAAUGAAGAUGGGGACUUUUUAAUGAUUGGAAGUGAGACGCAGGAAUGUUACAGGAUCAGCUCCCCUGCUGGGAGUUAUGAAUGUUCAGUGACCGGUCUCCGCUGGGUCAGUGACAGUGAGGUUAUCCUGAUGUACCAUUUCACUGACUGGGAACCAUAUAUUGAAGACCUGAAAAGGAUGCAGUAUGAACCAUUUGGGCCUUUGAUUGACAUCACCAUCGUCUCUGGGGUGCUUAAUGAAGUUCAUCUCCCACAUUUCGCCUGCUUAGGAUCGAGCCCCUCCCUUAAUGACCAGGUCAGAGUGCUGGAUGUGCAGGACAGUGGAAUGUUCUUGGAGACGUGUGAGCUCACCCACUUCCAUGCCAAGCUUCUCCACCCCACCUUCUCGCCUAAAGGCUUUCUUGUCCGAACUGGAUUCCCAGUGAAAGUUCACUGUGAAGUGCUGAUCUAUCGCACCUUGAUUGCUCACCUGACCCUUCACAUAUAUUUGGUGCCUUGUGAUCCUAAAAUGAUACAGGUUGUGGACAAGCAGGAAAAGGAGAAAGAUGCAGUGAAAAUUCCUAAACCAGGACCAGAAAGGUCCUUACAAAUGAGGAGCUGGUACAAAAUUGAAACGAAAAAAGAAAAUGAACGCUUUUCUUCCAAAAUUAAACCCGAGAGGUUGAAGCUGAGACACUCCCCUAUCAAGUACUCUGAGAUAUACAUUAAAAGUGCACAAGAUGACUUUGAGCUGCACUUGAUUAAUGAGGAGAACAAAUCAAUAUGGGAUGUAGAAAUUCGAGCAGAGGAAUAUGGACAUACUUCCAGUUUUCCUGACAGACCAAGAGAUCCACACAAGGAAUACGCUGUUUGGUUUGUGAACAAACACAGGAAUGCUCUCAUCCAGAGGGUCUCACUGGUGACCCCUAUUGCAGAUGAUCUGAAAUCCUUGCUUGGUGGUGAGAAGUACUCCAUUAUCACGAAAUGUACAACACCACAGGAGCAGAUGAGGAAGAUCUACUUCUUCCUCUCAGGAGGGCAGAAAAUUGAGGAAAGAUUUUAUCUGAGCCUGCUGAAGAAUGAGCCUCACCUUGUUGGAGAGUUGGCUGAAGCAGAGGCAGUUUGAACUUCAUGAAUUCACCAGAAGUUUCAAACUUGGGUGAAUUUAACUCAUUUGGAGAAAUCAAUCCAGUUGAACUGCGAUUGUGACUUUCAGAGCGCACUAACGAAGCAUCAUGAUAAUAAUAGGAGACUGGAUGCUGUCAAGAAGGAAGGGAAAACUUUCCAAGAGUCCUCUGAGGAAGGAGUCUUGCUUUUUUGUAGAAUUCUCCAAAGAAAAAAAACACUCAAGUGAAGCACUUUAAUUUUGAGAGAUUUUUUAUACAUCCUCACAUAUGUGAAUGAACUGUGCAACGCGCGGGUUAGAAGACUAAAAACAUGACAGCUUUGUACAACUAAACAAGGCAACUUUGGUUCAGACUUUACUGGUAAAAUCCAAACUGACAUUUGAUUGUAUUUUAUUUGAUCGUAACGCUGCUGAUCAUAUAAGAAAGCUAGGAGAGCUUAAGAAAAUAAUUAGAAUUGGUCUUUGAAGUAAGGACCAGACGUAAUAAGUCUCCACCUUCAGUUUCAGGUGUAAAUCAUACAUAUGUAUGCAUUUUUGGGAAGGCUGUGCAAGAAAAUGUCCAAGUUCAUGAGUUUGAUAAUCGUGGAUGCCACAGCCAGGCCUUGAAGGUAAGCUAAAAGAAUAUUUGCCAAAAGAGUUACACUAUUUCAGCUCUCAGGGCCAGAUGUACACACAGGAGAAGGCAUUACACAAUAUAUACCUUGAUGUAGCUGCAGUAUGACUUCGCAAUCCGUAUUAAUGUUUUCCAAACUGUAUUUUUUGAGCAAGAGUUCUAUUAUGUCCCAAUAGCUUUUUGCUACGAAACUUAAUUUAUAAACACUGCUGUCUCUUUAUUACUGUCUUUGUGUUUUUUAUUUCGCCCUGAGCUUGUUGAAGGUUUUCUGCGGCUUUUAAACCAUGAGCCUUGCAAGCGUAGCACAGUUAGUGUGUUGUCCUAUGCGUAGUUUCUGUGAUUGGCUACAGGAAAGUCAAUAAUAUUUUUUACACGUUAAGUACAUAUCAAGGCACACUUUGCACUAUGGCUGUGCAUGUAUUUGAAUCUUCCUUUAUUUUAUAGCUUUUAUUGCUAUCUAGAUUAGUCUAUUGCCUUAUGACUUAAGUAGAUUUCCAGUGUCUAAUGGGCAUCUGGUGUGUUUAUUGUGGUUUGUUUUCCGUUUUGCUGUCAGCAAAUUUUCAGUCAUUAAAAUUUCACUGUCCUCUGAAAAUUUCAACAAACAUUCUGCUUACUACUGUAAAUCC